AUGGUUGGUAUAACAGCACACGAGCUGAGGCAGAAGGCCCCUAAGGACCUUCAGAAGCAGCUGGAGAGCUUGAAGAAGGAGCUCUCCCAUCUCCGAGUUGCAAAGGUGACGGGCGCCGUCUCAUCGCGUCUCGCAAAAAUCACCCGAGUGCGCAAAGGCAUCGCCCGCAUACUGACGGUGUACAACCAGAAGAGGAGGGAAGAGGCGAAGAAGUUCUUUCAGGGUCAAAAGCACAAGCCCAAGGACCUUAGAUUUAAGAAAACACGUGCCAUUAGGCAACGACUGACGCUGGCUCAACGCAGAAAAAUGACUGUGCGGAAGACAAAGAGAGUACAGAAUGUCCCUCGAAGGAAGUACGCGCUGCUAGCUUAA